GAUUUUUCUGGCUCCAUUCGGGGAGCUGUGGAGGUAGAUGGCUCCGUCGCGGCGGGUGCGGGGCUCGGGGCGCGGCGGUGUGAGAUCGUCAAAGAACUCUGGGGGAAAAACACAUUCCACAAAAGAUAAAGCCGACCCAAAGCAGAAGCUUACCGACGUAUUUGAUUUUCCUGAUAAUUCUGGUAUCUCCAGCAUUGACAGGCUGAGCGAACACGAGAAAGAUGAAGAACCUUCUGAAAUUUUUGACCCUCCGUUACACAGCACGGCUAUCUACGCCGAGGAGGAAGAGGUCUCCAGCCGCUGCGGCUCCCCUGUGCCUUCAGCUCGGCGAGGAAGACAAGUGGAGGAAAGGUCAGACACCUCUGAAAUUGAAGCGAGUGAAGACACGCCUGUAGACACGACUGUAAAGAAGCCAGCAAGAAGAGUCAAGCCCAUUAGCAGUGAAUCUGAAAGCGCCGAAGAAGGCGAUAUAAGAAGGAAAGUUAAGCCAGCAGAGGAGGUGAGUGCACAGCACCGGGAGCCUGGCCCAGGCCUGCCACGUGUGUCUUCGGAGCUUCCAGAGAACCCGGCUGAGUCCGUCACUCGUACAGGAACAGGACCCCCUCGUGCCACGUCUGCUGCUGAGAAAGAGACCCUGGCGACAGAACAUCAGUUGAAAACUCAGAAAAAGAAGAUGUUUUCUGGCAAGAGGAAGAAAUCAAGAAGUGAAGCCACAGACUCAGAUAUGUCCGACUUUGUUCGUAUUCGGUGUCUAAAAGGAAAGAAAGCCAGUGAUCUCAUGGAGUUAGAUGUUGUUUUGUCUGCGUUUGAGAAAACCAUCCUAGAGUAUACAGAAAAAGUAGACUCUAAAAUGUGUAAGGAAGCCAUCAAAAAGUUUCAUUCUAAUGUGAAAGAAGAGCUCUUCAAAAUGCUUGAAGACAUCCAGAUGUUGAAAACUCUGAAGAGGAAGAAGACGAAGAUGAUUUCAGAUACGGAGAAGAAAAGGCAGCGUUUGCUCCAGCUCCAGGAUGAACUGCUCCGGCUAGAGCCACAGAUGAAACAACUACAAAUAAAAUUCAACGAGCUUGAGGAGAGAAAAUCUUCCCUUAGGAAUGCCGCGAGUUUCUUAUCUAACUUAAAACAGCUUCAUCAAGAUUAUUCAGAAAUUCGAGAGAAAGAACCACAUAUAAAAGAAACGUAUGAUUCAUCCAGCCUUCCAGCUCUCUUAGUCCAAGCAAGAACGCUUUUAGGAGCGGAGAACCAUCUGCGAGACAUCAACCAUCAGUUAGAGAAGCUGCUUGACCAGAGCUGAGGCCAGCUUCUGAACGCGCUGCACGUCAGUCCUGUGCUGCAGCCUGUCGUCCAGUCCGUACUUCUGUAAAUAAAAACUCUGACAAGUUAA